GUUGGUCACUACGGUGGCGAGCAGGAACCUUAAGGCUGAACCUGUCCCCGUGUUUGUGCGUCUCUGCAGGUGAUGGCCAACCUGGUGAUGGAGAAGCUUCUGCCGUCUCUGGAGAAGGACAUGCUGCCCAAACUGAAAGCCAAGAAGACGGAGAGGAAGAGAGUUUGGUUCGCUGUGAGUCAAAGAUCUGAUUUGAUGAUAUUGGACUGUGUGAUAAAUCGAACCCGGUUAACUCUGCUCUUAAAGAUGAUACAUGAACGCCGUCGGCGCUAAACUCUGUCUGUGAAUCUGUAAAUCUUCACACGGACAGAUUUAAUAUCCAGCUCUCCUCACUGAUUGUUCCCAGACCGUGGAAGCGGCGUACAUCCUGAUCCAGGAGCAUCUUCUAGAGGGACUCUCUGCGCUGAAGGAGGACUGUCGAACGGCGUUCCGGCAACAGGAGGUUCUGAUCCACUCUGACAUGGACCCGAUCCUGGAGUCCAGACGGCAGCUGGAAGAAAAAGUCAAAGGUAACUUUCCUCCUCUUUGUCGGUCUUGUAGCUGCGCAGAGGAGCUUCAGGAUCAGGCUGCGGCGGUCCUCCUCUUCCUCUCAGAAUCAGGUUUUUGUCUCUUUCUUCAGCCAAAGUUUUAGAGGCGGCAGAGAAGCUCAGCUCGGAGUCGGUGCAGCCGUACCUGGGAUCGGUCCUGGAGGAGCUGAUGGAGCCGAUCAGCUCGGGUUUCCAGGAGGGAUGUCAGCUGAGUGAGAGCCUGAUGGACCAGGUGAUUCAGGAGAUGGGAGCAGACAACGAGCGAGUGAAGAAGGUUUGUUCAGGACGCGAGACCAAAGACGUCGUUUUAAGAGUCAAAGUAGGGACGCACUGAUCCACUUUUUUCACCUCCAAUACUGAUACAGAUAUCUACAGUUAAUAUCGGCUGAUACCGAUCCAAUUUUGAUACAGAAAAGCCGCGCUGAAUUACCUUUUGUUGUAACCUGAAGUUUUACCACUGCCCCUCUGAACGUUAUCAAAUGUCGGAUCGGUUCAUCCCUAAGUCAAAUGAACCUUCAACUCAAUUGAAGGUACUUUUACAUAAUGCAUCAAAAUAACUGAUGUUGUAUCUACAUUAUAUCUCAAAAUAAAGUUGGAGAAGAUCAUUCAAGUUCAUAAAUGGGACUUAAGCCCCAUAAAAAUGCUCUAAGUUCAUCUAAAGGUUCCAAGAACUAAGAGGUGUUCCCCUUUUCCGUCUCAGGCUCUGGCCAACAUGGCGAGACCGGACCUUCAGAGCUGCUUCCAGAAGAUCGGCUCCCUGCAGGAGAAGCUGAAACACCUGCAGGAGAGAUUCGGCUUCCAGAACAUCAGCAGAGUGAUCCACAGCGCUCAGAUCGACCUGCAGCAGGUACGCCUUUACACACUCUCACACACACACAUUCAUGUCUUUGAUAUCAUCUGGGCACAAUCACUUUUAAAGGUCAGAUGGGGACUCUGUGUCCGAUCGGUCCAAAAACAAAACAAACGGAAUUUUUUUUACACAGAUAAAAAAAUAAGGAGGAAUUGUGUGUUAAAGCUCCUGUAAGCAACUUUAUGUUUGUGUUGUUUUUGGCGCCCCCUGUGGACAAAACAGUCUGUGCAUGUCUUGACCUCUACAUGCUUGAAGAUAAUCUCAUGCUGCUGAAUUUUGACAGUCAGAAAAAGGUCAGUUUUAUUGAUAUCAAAACUCCUCACUGGAGCUUUAAUGCUGUUUUAGUCAUACACACACACACACACACACACACACACACACACACACACACACAGAGCACAGGUGUUUUCCAUUCAGUUUCUCCCUCAGACGCUCGGCGCUCAUUUUUCAGCCCGGACAGACGGAGUGGGCCGAGGACGUUUCUGGCUGACUCAUUUUAUGAACCGACAUUUAUGACACACUCGUGACGCUAACGUGUGUUCCUGUAAAUUUACCGACUCAGCGUUUCGGAGCAGAAACUCAGACGGACUCGCUCGGAUGUGAACUGCUGCUAAUUUGAUUUCACACUGACAGGAUUUCCAGAUGUUUGAUUUUUUCUGCUCUGAAUUUGGAGCAGCUGUCUGAUCCGACCCUGCCCUGUGUGUGUUCAUGUGUGUGUGUGUGUGUGUGUGUGUGUGUGUGUGUGUUUCAGCUGAUGGAGAAUGCAUCGUUCACGUUUGAGCAGCUGUACUCCAAAGCCGUCCAGGACAACCCCGAUAACGCCGGCCCCGCCAUCGAAAAGGCCAAACACCGAGUUCUGAAGGUCAGAUUUCCUCUGCAGCUAAAAACACGAGAACAUUUCGGUUUCGGAGAUUUGGUUGACAUCGAUGACGUGAUGCCGUGUGUCUCCUCUGUGUCUCCUGCAGCAAUAUGAUUAUGACAGCAGCACGGUGAGGAAGAAGAUCUCCAGAGAGGCUCUCGUCUCCAUCACUCUGCCCUUCACCAAGAAGAGCCUGGCCUCCACCUGCAAAGCUGUGAGUUUUUCACUGUCACCUGUUGACCUGUUUUUGGAUUAGAUGUUGUGAAAGGAAGUCCAAACAGACGGGUCCUUCACCUGGACCUUAACAAGCUACAUGUUCCUGCUCUAAGUCCGUUCUCCAGUGACCGCUGUCUCUGUCCUCAGGAGCUCAAAGAUCUGGAACAGACCAUCUACUCCGAUCACGUCAACUUUGUCAAUGUGGACAAUGUUUAUGAGAGAAUCCUCCUGCAGAUCCUGGACAAAGAGGUCACUAAAGGUAUGAGAACAUCUGAGACUCACUCUGAUCCUCCUCUGAGGUCCAACAGCCUCCUGUAACCUCUCCUGUUUCCUCCUCGUCCUGCAGUGGUGAAGGAGGCGGCCAGUCUGAAGAAGUACAACCUCUUCAACGACAGCAGAGACCUGCUGAGUCAGUCCAGCCGCUCCAGUCUCUCCUCUCCGUCUCCGUCCGCCUCCACCCCGGGCAGCCCCUCCAUGGCGCUCGCUUCUCCUAAAGCCACUGCUGAGCCAUUACCGCCGUCUCCUCUGGCGAUGAACGGCGUGUCCUCCAGUCCUGAGAAGGUGGAGGAGGUGAAAGAGACGGACGCGCUCCUGCAGAAAGACGCCUCAGCAGACGUGCCGCUCAUCCAGCUGGAGGAGGUCGAAGAACGAAAAGAAGAGCCUCAGAGCGUCCCCGUCGGACAGGUGGACGCUGUCGUCAUCGAAGACGUCUUUGAGACGGUGAAGGAGGAAGCAGAGGCAGCCAAUCAGAGCGAGACAAAUGAAGACAACGCAGCAGCAGCUCCAGAGACUGUCGUACAAGAGGAGGUGGUUCCUGUCAUAACGGAGACAACAGUGGAGGAGUCUGCUGAAACGCAAACACAGAGCUCUGACGCUCCAGCAGCAGAGACCGCCGUGUCAGCGCUCCCCGCCGUGUCAGCGCUCCCCGCCGUUAUAGAAAGUUUGAAAACAGACGUAGAAGCAGAACAGGUAGAAGCCUCUGCAACGAGUCCAGAUCCUGCAAACGAACCGGUGAAGACCACAGAAGAGAGUCCUGGUCCACAAACUGCAGCUGCUGAGGAGGAGGUUCAGUGUGCGAGCUCAGAGAGUAAGUUAGAGGCGCCCUCUAGUGGUGAGAUAGUUACAGUGACGGCUGCAGACGUCAGCAAAGACCUGGAGAGACGGGAGGCAGAACCUGCUGCAGCAUCAGACCCCAACUCUCUGGACGUGUCCCUGGGAAGCGAGUCGUCUCGGUCAGAUGUGGAGUCCACGGAGGAGGUCAAACCCACGCCGAGCAGCGAGGACGAAGUCUCGACGACGUCUGACGUCCUGGAUGACGAGGCCAACGUGAGCAAAUCACCUGAGAGCUCCGACGAACUCGCAGAGGAGAAACCUGCCUGCGCUGAUCCGUCUCCUCAGGCGCAGACAGAAACUGAGAGCGUCAGCGUGGGCGGGGACAUCGAGGCGGGAGCGGCAGUUGGCGUGGAGUCACCCGUGGAGGUUAAAGAGGAAACCCCUGCCAGCCCUGAAGCCCCACCCCCGGACUCCAUCAAGGCGAUCAGGGACCUGGUAGUGGAGGUGAUCGAGGUGGAGGAGCUGGUGCAGCGUUACCCGAGUGGAAUCCCCAAAGAGGAGUGA